GGGAAGACACCAUUAGCACUACAUAAUGUAAGUAAACACUUAAUGUGUUUGCUUUGCCUGCCUGCUGACCACCUGCCUCCCCAGUCUCCCAGGCAGGUAGCAUAUAUGGGAUGUCCUGGCUGCAGUCCUGCACAGGGAGCCUCUCCUUAGGCCCAGCCAUCUGCGAAUCUAAUCUCCGUCUCUGGAACCUGGUAGCAUGUAUCUCCUCUUACUUCAGCUGCUUGUGCUCUUGCCUCUGGGGAAGGCAGGCCGAUGUGUGGACAGCUGCCAGAGUCAGAGCUCUUUUUCCUUUGUGCUCCUAGAAAGGGGUCGCAGAGAUCUCCACAUGGCCAACCAUGAGGAAGCAGAAGACAAGCCAGAUCUGUUUGUGGCGGUGCCACACCUCAUAGGCGCCAGCCAGGCUGGGGAAGGCCAGAGGCAGAGAGAGAAGAUGCUGUCCAGGCUUGGAAGACUCUGGAAGAAACCUGAGACAGAACUUCACCCCAUAAAGGAUGUGGAAAGUGAUCAUGCCACUGGGAUCCAGGCCCUCACUCAGCCAGCAGAUGAGAGGAAAGUGGAGAGAUCUCCUCUUCAGGAGGAAGCCAAGAAAUUCUGGCAUCGCUUCAUGUUCAGAAAAGGCCCAGCCUCCCGGGGGGUCAUCUUGCCCAUCAAAAGCCAUGAAGUACAUUGGGAGACCUGCAGGACAGUGCCCUUCAACCAGACAGUUGCCCAUGAAGACUGUGAAAAAGUUGUUGUCCCGAACAACCUUUGCUUUGGGAAGUGCGGGUCCGUUCAUUUUCCUGGAGCCGAGACACAUCCCUAUAACUUCUGCUCCCACUGCUCACCCACCAAACUCACCACCAUGCACUUGAGGCUGAACUGCACUAGCCCAAGCCCCGUGGUCAAGGUGGUGACGCAAGUGGAGGAAUGCCAGUGCGUGACAAAGACAGAACAUGGAGAGGAGCACUUCCUAGCGGCUGGUUCUCAUGAGUCCUUCAUCCCUGGGCUUUCAGCUUCCAAAGCCAUCCCACGAUUACCUCUGAAAACAAAGCCUCAGCAGAACAAGUGAGGGUUGCUCAAUCUGGAAACGUUGAGUGGGUGCAUAAAGGGGAAAUUGUCUCCCCCCGCUUUUUUUCACUUGUGUUUAGACGCGGUCUUAUGUAUUCUGGGCCUCAAAUGCUAUAUGGCUAGGGAUGACAACCUUAAGCUCCAGAUCCACUUCCUGAGUGUUGGGAUUUCAGGCAUUCACUGUAACACCUCGCUCUCAGAAGGAUUUCUAAGAGGAUUUUGCAUACUUUGAUGCUGCCUUUGAGAUUUAGGAAAUAUUUUGAUUCUAUUGAGUGGCUUUUGCCACAGAUGUGGGAAGCAGCUUGCUUGACAGCCCAUAUUUUUUCUUUCCUUUUUAUACUCUCCACAUGAAGUUUUUACUGUUGGUUAUCUGACUUUGAAGAAGGAAUAUUGAGGCUACUUUUAGCAGUUCACACAUGGAGGGGGCUCAGGCACUAGGAACCAAACCAUUUCCUGGAUUAUGAGGAAGAUGCAGGAACAGUGUUAGAGUCAAAGGCCACUCGUAGAAGUUACUAAGAAACACAGUAAGUGUCCCGUUAAAUACAUUGCAAGUCGCUUUAAAGGGAAACUGUUUACAGGUGAAAUCUACUCACAGGCCUUUGAAUCUUGUAGCAAGUUGGGUUUCUGUGUUUGGGCUCCUCGCUAUUGUCUAAGAGUGUGUGUGACAAAUAGGACUCAUCAGAUGCUUCAAUGUAAAGUUCUGAACAUGAUCCAAGUGUUGUAAUACAUUAAAUUUC